AUGAUGAGUAUUUUCAAAAUCCCCGACACUUUCAUUGAUGAGCUACACUCUUUAUUAGCCAGAUUCUGGUGGGGAUCCACUGACUCAGGGAGGAAAAUGCAUUGGCAACGCUGGGAUCUAUUGUGCCAACCAAAGGGUAAGGGUGGCUUGGGGUUCUGUGAUCUCCGGUACUUCAACCAAGCCUUACUAGCAAAACAACUCUGGCAUUUGCAUCACAAUAAUGAGACUUUCCUUCACAGAAUACUCAAGGCAAAAUACUUCAAACACUGUGACGUUCUCAACGCAAGUGUGGGUUUUGAUCCUAGCUUUGUUUGGAGAAGUAUAUGGGGAGCUAGAUCUCUGCUAUUCGAGGGAUUGAAGUGGAGGGUUGGUAAUGGGUAUGCUGUUAAUGUAUGGAAUGAUGCGUGGCUGCCUGGUAAUACUUCUGCUUGGGUUCCCAUGCCCUUAGUAGAUAACGAUCUCAGCUUAAGAGUGUGUGAUUUAAUCGAUCAUACGAGUAAUACUUGGGAUGUAAAAAGGGUUAAUGACACUUUUAUAGCUACUGAGAGGGCUGCAGUGCUCUCAAUCCCAUUAUCGAACAGUGGCACUUGA